GCAAAAGAAACGGCGAUUGAGAUGCGAUAACGGGAGUGUGUAGACGUCUGGGUACAUAAAAUUUUCCAGUUUCUUUAGGGUUUUGGGUUCGGGGGAAAGGGGAAAGUCGAGCGCCGCUUGCUGUUUAGCUGUUCAGGUAGAAACGAAGAUCAUUCAAGAAGAUGCCUCGCUCGCGUUCGGAACUCUUGCUGGGACUGCUGGCGAUCCUGGGCUCCGUCCUGGCCCGCCCGCACCUCAGCAGCUUGCAGGAACUGGAGCUCAGUUCGCUGCGCACGCACAAGCAGCUGCUGCAGGCGGAGAUAGCCCGUCUCUUCAUGGAGCAGCCGCCUCGGGCGGAGACGCAACUUCUGCUGGACGACCUGCAGCUGAGGGACCACCAGCUGGGCCUCCAAAUAGAAAACCUCGAGCGGAUCUCCAAGGGCGAGACUGGAGAGACCCAGAGGCUGGCCAUCAACCUGACCGCCGACUUCGAGCACCUGCAGCACAAACUGGACGAUCUGAAGCACCAGCUGGAGUUGCUGGACGGACGCUUUGCCUCCCAGGGAAAGCAGGCCGAGGGACACGCGUCGGAAACAGUUCCGCCGGCGGCUCCCGGACUGGGCUCCUUCCUCUGGGGACCCCUACUGAGCAUGCCGGAGUUUCCCCAGGGCAGUGUGGCCAGCGACCAGCAGCACAAUCACAAUCACCACCACCAUCAGCAGGACCAGCUACAGGUUCCGACUAGCCCCUCCAUUAUCAAACGAGUGCUGGACAUGCUUAGGCCGUCCGUGGGCGUGGCAGCUCUCCGGAGUCGAUGGGCUGAGUCGGAGAAAUCGACUGGAACUGCAGCUGGCAUUGUGGCGGCCAAACCCACCCACCCACUCAGCGCCGAGGAGCUUCUGCCCAAGCUGCAGGAACAGCGCAGGUUCCUGGAUGACGCCAUCACGCGAUUGGAGCUCCUGGCGGCCAAAAAGGGCUCCAAAAAAGUUUGAACUCAAGAAAACCCUACUAAAACGUCUACUAAGAUUGAGCAGAUCGAUCAAUAAUAAAAACAACCAAUUUUAAA